GGGUUGAAAACCUAGUGUUUCGCUACCUUUUUCACCACUUUUGUCUGGCAGUGCAAUUACAUAUAUUUUCUUCAAUUACAACAUUUAAUAUCUAAAGCGAAAAAAGAAAUCUUCGGAUGCAAUUAGAUCAGCAGCAGAAACAGAAGAACAAUUUUGUUUGAUUGUUUUGUGUUUAUAAAGGAAUUCCACCGGCGUGGGUUUUUAUAUAUCCAUUCAUAUUACAUUAUCAUUAGACAUAUUUUUAAGAUUUAAAAUGAACAAAAGGACAUUUUCAAACCUUUUGAGUAAGGAGAAGGCAAGUUUUAAUGCUUCAGUUGCGAAGUUUCGCAAACUCAAUGAAUUUAGUAAUAUUUCAAAAAGCGAUCCAAGCCGGAGAGCGGUUUCUAAAUUCUUAUUCUGUGAUGUACCAGAUAAUUCUAAAGAAACUUUAAGUAAUUUUGAAAUUGAAGAUGAAUUGGAGUAUGGUAGUGAUCAGGAAUUUUUGGCGGAAUCCCCCUCCUCGGAUCCUAUUGAUGCCAAACAGCGAGAUGGAGAAGAAAUGAGCUGUUUUUGCAUCGACGAACCCCAUUCUCAGCUUAUGGCUACACAACUCGAACCCAAUAAAAAUGCAAAUACUGCGAUGGUACUGCAAAAAAUUUUGGAGACCCUUGGUAGGGUGGAAUCUCGGCAAGGGGAAAUGAUAAAACGACUUUCAGCUGUGGAAAACGCUCUUACUGAAAAGAUGCCCGAACGUGCUGAGGUGCAAGCGCAAAGCCAAUUGUUGCGGGAGUGUAAAGUGCUCUCAGCAAAAACCCACCGCAGUGUAAGCCGCAUCACUGGCGACGUUGUGAGUGAGGAGCAGCUUCUAUUACAAAGCUUGCUCCCCAUGUCGUCAGAGGAAACAGUGUUGAAGGUGGAGGAGUACCUUGCAGACAAAGCUCACACUGACGCUAUGGCGACGAUCAUCCUCGACCUAAAAUCUAAAAAGGGGUCGAUUGAAAAGGUGUUGCGGUCACUAUUUAGCGACAAGUUGAUAUGGUUGUAUAACUGCGAUGGAAAAGCGGGCAAAAGGCCAUUAACAAAACUAAAAACAGUGGAUCUCACUCUCGCUGCAUUUGCAAGUAUGCACAUUCAUAAAACUUCAAUUAUAAGGCGUUAUGUAUCUUUAAGUCACAAUAGAUAUAAGCAUUUUAGGCGCUAUAUGGAAAAUGCUCUUACUGAAAAGAUGCCCGAACGUGCUGAGGUGCAAGCGCAAAGCCAAUCGUUGCGGGAAUGUAAGGUGCCCACAGUAAAAACCCACCGCAGUGUAAGCCGCAUCACUGGCGACGUGUUGGGUGAGAAGCAGCUUAAUGUGGAAAAUGCUCUUACCGAAAAGAUGCCCGAACGUGCUGAGGUACAAGCGCAAAGCCAAUUGUUACGGGAAUGUAAGGUGCCCUCAGUAAAAACCCACCGCAGUGUAAGCCGCAUCACUGGCGACGUGUUGGGUGAGAAGCAGCUUAAUGUGGAAAAUACUCUUACCGAAAAGAUGCCCGAACGUGCUGAGGUGCAAGCGCAAAGCCAAUUGUUACGGGAAUGUAAGGUGCCCUCAGUAAAAACCCACCGCAGUGUAAGCCGCAUCACUGGCGACGUGUUGGGUGAGAAGCAGCUUAAUGUGGAAAAUGCUCUUACCGAAAAGAUGCCCGAACGAGCUGAGGUGCAAGCGCAAAGCCAAUUGUUGCGGGAAUGUAAGGUGCCCUCAGUAACAACCCACUGCAGUGUAAGCCGCAUCACUGGCGACGUGUUGGGUGAGGAGCAGCUUAAUGUGGAAAAUGCUCUUACUGAAAAGAUGCCCGAACGUGCUGAGGUGCAAGCGCAAAGCCAAUUGUUGCGGGAAUGUAAGGUGCCCUCAGAAAAAACCCACCGCAGUGUAAACCGCAUCACUGACGACGUGGUGAGUGAGCAGCAGCUUCUAUUACAAAGCUUGCUCCCCAUGUCGUCAGAGGAAACAGUGUUGAAGGUGGAGGAGUACCUUGCAGACAAAGCUCACGCUGACGCUAUGACGGCGAUCAUCCUCGACCUAAAAUCUACCAAGGGGUCGAUUGAAAUGGUGUUGCGGACACUAUUUACCGACGAGUUGAUGUGGUUGUAUAACUGCGAUGGAAAGGCGGGCAAAAGGGCAUUAACAAAAUUAAAAACAGUGGAUCUCACUCUCGCCGCAUUUGCAAGUAUGGACAUUAAUAAAACUAAAGUUAUAAGGCGUUAUGUAAAUUUAAGUCACAAUAGAUAUAAACAUAUUAGGCGUAGUAUAAGACGUAGUAAUGUUUUUUAUGAUUUGUCUGAUUAACUUUGCCCACUUAAUACACUUGUAUACUAAAAUAUGUAUUUUAAACUUCGCUUAUAUUAUUAUUAUUUGUAGCGUACUACAUACAUAAAUAUACAGUGGUGGUCACAUACUUAGCACACUCGUACUUUUAAGAAAAAAAGUUCCAUAAAAUUCAUUUCUUUACUAAAAACUUAAAUUUUUUCACAUAUAUUUAUAUUUCACAGAUAGAUUAACUUAAAUAAUAACAUAAAAGACGAUGUAAUCAAAACCUACAAAAAAAAGGUAAGAAUAAAUGAUUACUACGUUGGACACAUACUUAGCACAUUUCAGGUUUACCUACAAAAACUUUGGCAAUCCGCUCCGAACCAAAUUUUACUACAAUAUUUCGUUGGAAAACCCUUAUUUAGAUCACUUCAAAACAUCUUUCAGGCAAACUCUCUACCAUUGUUCCACAGGUAUAUUCAACCAUACACUUUUGAUGUUCUGCCACAAUUCUUCUAAAUUUUUGGGUUUUUUGCCCUCAAUCCUUCUCUAAACUUCACUCCACAUAUGCUCAAUUGGAUUGAGAUCAGGUGACUGAGCUGGCCACUGCAGAAUGGGAACGCAUUGCUCAUCCAAGAAAUUUUUCACCAAACGCGAAGUAUGUUUGGGGUCAUUAUCAUGUAUGAAGUGCCACCUUAGAGGCAUAUGGUCGUCGACAAAUGGAAUCAUGUGUUCUGUUAACAUGUCCUUGUAAACAAAUUGAUCCAUUUUUGACGUUAUCCUAACGAUAGGUCCAACACCGUGCCAAGAAAAGGCCGCCCACACUAUAAUAUUUCCUCCUCCAUGUUUCACUGUUUUUUGUGUAUACCUAGAAUUGUGCUGCUGGUCACUCGGGCGCCAGACGUAACGUUUACCGUCAGAUCCAAAUCUACAAAACUCAGAUUCAUCACUCCAGAGAACGUUCUUCCAAAAAGAAAGUGGUUUGUUGAUGUGGGCUCGUGCGAAUGAAAGGCGUGCACAGUCCGCCUUCAUUCAAACGACGUCUGAUCGUUUUAGAUGAAACCUCUAUUCCGUAUACUGCAUAAACUUCGGUUUUAAUUUAUUUAGAGCUCUUCAAUGGGUCGUUUUUUGAAAUCCAACGAAUUAGAUUGUCUUCUUUGGAGGUGGUUUUGCGAGGCCUAGGAGCUCGCACCGUGGAUUUAACUGUCCCAAAUUCGUCAAAAUGUUUAAUUGCGUUAUAAAUGAGCUUCCUUGAACACCCAAGCGUUUUUGCAAUCUGGGUUACCGACUGCCCUUCACUUCUUAACUUCACAAUUAUAGCCCGCUUUUCUUCCGUGCAACACAAACCUCUAGCCAUAUCUAAUCAGUAAAUUUAAAUUUAAUUCAAAACCACAGUUUUUAUAUUAAAUAAUCUCUCACCAACAAAAUUUUUUGUAUUCGAAAAUAAAUAUUUCUUAAAACUUUAAAAAACUUCGACAGUCUAAGAAGUGUGCUAAAUAUGUUAUGUAUAUGUCCACUCACAAAAGCUGCGGAUCGUUAAAUAAUCCUUCUAUUUACGACAGUAGCAAAAAAAAGCGACGAAACUUUGCGAUAUCUUAGCUUGGCGCCUUGAUCAUGUCUAGACAAAGUGGCGUCUUUGAAUUUUGUAACAUUACGAAAAAAACAUCGUUUGCAUUUAGGUAGAGUGAUGUGUGCUAAGUAUAUGACCACCACUGUAUAUAUAUGUUUUUUCUUCAUGAUAUUCUUUAUAUGUGUGCAAAUUUGAAUUUUUGAUUAAGAAAAAUUGUGUUUGAAAAAACGAAUAAAAAUUCGCUUAAGAAAUCAUUAA